CAGCAACUACGAGUCCACCACCAUUGCAAUUUACAUUUACACACUACAGCCAUCCUACACGCUACACGGGCCCCGUUGCACGUCGGGAAACGAAACAUGUACGUACAUCGUAUAUCACUCAAAAAAGUGUUUUGUGCCGAAAUAUUUUAGGCCUCGGUCGCGAUUUAAAAUAAGGCCUGUGACGGUUUCUGCGACAGUGGUGUUUUUUGUUCGAUAAGGAGCUCCCUGGCGACCGGUGGCCGGGUGAGACGAAGCGCGGAGGAGGACGUUCUUCUCCUGGGACGCUCGCCAAUUUCGACACAGACACGGAAUCAGGGUCGCACUUGCAAGCCGGAUUCAUCCACACUCCAUUAUUUCCAACCUGCAUAGUAAUUUUUACCACAAAUUAUACCCGAGAAGAUGCGCCACGCGUGUCUCCCACAUGCACAACUCGGACUCAAAGUCAGUGAACACGAAACGGUCAUAAGAGAAAUUCUGAACAAAAAAAUUUCCCGCGAAUCUUCAUUUCCCACCACUGAUCAACUCCUCUCUUCUCGGAUCCUCAACAUUACAAUUUUAAGGUUAAAAAUCGCCCAAAUCGAAUAUUAAAUUUCAUUUUUAGACAAAUACAAACGUUUUAAAGGCGGCAAAGAAGGCGCCGAUGACAGUGUCAUGCGCCCGCUGAGAAAAGUUUCUUCUUUCGCAAUGUUGUGAACGUUGUGCUCUGUUGGUGGAUUUUUCACCCAGGAAAUUAGUGCUCGGGAAAUGUGAUGUGCGCGACAAGUGCUUUCGGAAGUUUCAAGUGUAGACAAUUACGUGAGGAUGGAAAAGAUUAGAAACCUGUUUGGUCUCGUGGCCAUGUAGCAGAAAGUAAGGCAAGGCACCACUCUCGAUUCCGGAAUUUGGACGUAACCUUUUUUGUGAUUUUUGUUCACUUUUGUUGUGGAAACGACGCCCUGUCUGACGUGAGGUGAACAGUUUAGAGUUAGAAGGAAAAAGGCUCGUUUCAGCUUCGAAAAGGAAUGGUCAGUGAUUCGUAAUUUGUAACACGCCUUUCGGUGUUGUAAUAUGCCUGCAGAAGCGAUAGUUUGUACUUUUUAUGUUGCAUAAGUGUAAAGAUAGGUUAAGUGUGGUCAGGUUUUUGGUGUUAAAUGCAACUGAAUAGCUAGUCAAGAUGUGCGAACAAACGGAAAUCAAUUACCUGGACGGAGACAUCGUCUGGGUCAAGCUUAGUGGAUGCUGGUGGCCUGGCCAAGUCGUCGGCUUCGAGCAUUUGCCGGAAGAUAUCCAGAUUGAUUACACGAGAAAGGGCUUGAUUGCUGCUGUGAAGUACUUCGAGGAAGAAACAUUUGAAUUCGUCAAGAACUACCAACAGAUAUACAAAUAUAACUGUACGCAGAAGGACGAUUUCAUUAGGAAAGGCCUAGAUAAGUACAGAAGCAAAGUCAAGGACAAUUCGAACUAUAUGAACAAAUUUCCCAAAGAUGUGGAAACAGCAGAGACAAUAACAGGAGGAGAUCCUAAUAUCUUAUCGAGCGAAAAGUUCUGUCCCGAAGAAAAACCCGAUAUAUCUUCUCUCUUCGGAGAGAAAAAGCUUCCGAAGAAAAAACGGGAAGAUUCUCGAAGAAGCGAUGGCGCUACAAUCUCUAAAAAACUCACUCAAAUCAGAUUUAUGAGGCAGAGUGAUCAUCAAGUUCGAAUUCGCGAGCAAGCGGCUAUUUCGCCAAAUUCCCACAGUUCCUCUAUAUUCCCCUGUAUCAAAUGCUCCUUCACUUGCACGCGAGUCAACGUUAUAAUUGGUCACAUAAAGAGUCAUCAAUAUGAUGAUCCAACUAAAAAGAAGUCUUCUGUUAAGCUUCACUCAAAACCGAAGAACAAGAGUUUGGAUCUCGACACUCCAAAGAGAAAAUAUAUCCGAAAAUCCAGUUCCAAUAAAAGCAAAGAUGAACUCGGUUCCGAAAAGAAGAGAAAACCAGCAAAGAGUGCAGAAAAAACGACAAAGAAAAAAAAAUUAAGUGCUCAAGAGGAAAGGAAACGAAUUCAAGAUGAAUUAUUGGAAGAUUGGGUUGAUGAUUCCGACGUGGACAUGAAAGCAGACUUUUCUCCAGACGAUACUUUCGAUUUUAAAACCACUUCAAUUACAUCUCCUCUACCUUCUUCGAUCACGACCUUGCCUUCGAAAACUUCACCCGUUAAAAGUGAUUUCAAUCUUGAAGAUAAGGAAUCCACAAAAAAAGCAGAUUCAGAUGACGAUACUUUCGAUUUAAUCCGACAGUCAGAAAAAUUGCUCAUAGAAACUGAGAAGUUAAGCACAAUCAUUGACGAUUCCACUGGCGGAACUUCUCAGAGUACCAAAAAAUUUAUCGACAAGCUGAAAUCUGACCGUUAUAAGUCUUCAAAAUCUAAAGACAAAGCCUCAGAUUCCAAGAAAGACGAAAAAACUACCGCGAUAGAAAAUGAUGAUAAGAAAUCCAAGUUCGCUUGCUUCGAAUUUGACGAGGAAGAUAUUCCUGAGCCAACUACUGUUCAGAAACCCUCGCGGUUUUUUCUGAAGAAGGACAUUAUCAAGGAAUAUGAGAAGAGUGUCGCUAUAAAAGAGAAGGAGAGGCAUGGUAAGUUUUUCCACCGGGAAAAAAAUGCAGGAAUGAUUGUUCAAGAAUCGAGUAAGGAGCAUAAAGAAGAAACCGUUGCUGAAAUGAAAGAUACUGAGAUGAAAGAUCAAGAUGAGGUCAAGAAGAUGGAGACUAAUAAUCAAAGUAACGAAGUGAAGAGUAUGUUUCGCAAAACAGGAGAAGAAACGAUGGACGAUUUUCUAAAGUCGAAUUAUAAAUCUCAAGUCGAGGAACUCGAAAUUGUUGAGAUUUUCGAAGUCGAGAGAGAAGAAGAUGUUGAAAAUAUAAGGGAUUCACAGAUGGACACGGAAUUGAGAGCAAACGUUGACAACAUUUGUGAACAGAUCUCUGGAUCGGAAGAGAAAGUACAAUAUGAGAAAUUUCGAGACUUCGUAAGGGAAACUUCGCCACAAAGAACUGACUUUCGGAGUCUUCCAGAAAGAAUGAUUACAGAAUCGGAAUCAGAUUCGCUUGUUCAUCAAAGUGACAAUUUAGAUAGCCAGAUCAAAUUGGAUGUCGAAACUUCAAAAUUUGAUUUUAAGGAAGAGAACGUUCCAGAAAACCUGUCAAAAUUUGAUGAAACAUCGGAACUUCUUAAAGAUGCUAAAUUUAAAGAAUCGAAGGAAAAUUUUGAGGAGAGACUCAAUGAAAAAAUUCAGGAGGAAUUAGAGCCGAAGCAACCUGCUGAAAUCGUUGAGGAACUUGCAGCUUCGGUUAAGAAACGAAGAGGGAGGCCAAAAAAAAGCAUUUUGAUAGCUGCUGAAGUCCCAGCUGAAUCAAGUAGUAAUUUGGAUACGACUAAAGAGGAAAUGGCAGAAAAAGUUGAGAAAUUUGAGCAAGUCGAGGAAGCCUUGAGGAUUUUGGAACCGGAGGUGGAUCUGGAGACUGGUGGAAAGAAGCAUCAGAAUAGAAAACAGUCGUUUGGUCAUUCAAGUCAGUCUGAUUUGACUCCCAGAAUUCGAAAGCUGAGAGGUCAUGCUUUGGAAGAUAAACAGAAUACUCCGGAAAUUUCAACGCAUCAAGGUACUAGGAUCCAAGACAGCCGGGAGGAAAGUAGGAAGGAUCAUGAGGUAGUGAUGAUUGAAGAUGAAAAAGAGCAGACAAAAGUUCUCGAAGAGACUAAAGUUUUAGAAGAUGUGAAACCAAAGUCUAAAAGAGGAAGGAAAUCUAAAGCUGCUCUUUUACUAGAAAAGCAGAUUGAGGAAUCAAAUCUUGAACUUUUGAGUCUUGGGGAUAAGUCUGACAUCGAAGAAAAGCCUCUUGACGACAUAACCCUUGACGAUUCACCUCUUGAAGAUAAAUUAGACGAAAAUCUACUUAAAGACAAUGAAGACAAGCAUCUUGAAGUAGUGAAACCGCAGAAGAAAAGAGGACGGAAAACAAGACAAGGUUCUACAUCUUCUCAAGAUGUUCUAUUUUUUCCAGAAGACGUACGCCAUUUAGAAUCGCCUUUGAAAGGAAGAAGGAAAACUCCUGAUGUCCCAAGAGAUUUUGAGGAAAUGGGAGAGAAAUCUGAAGUAAGCCAAGAGACAUUCGACCAGGACGGGAAACCUAAGCCAGAAAAGAAAGGAAGGAUGAGGAAAUCUGUGGAAGUUCCAAACGAAUAUGAACAACAAGAAGAAACUCAAAGUCACGAGUCCACGGAGUUCGAGACUCGGCAACUGAAGAAUAUUGAAAAGAAAGAGAGGUUAAGAAAAGCUGCUCAAGAAGUUAAAGAAGAGACGCUGAAGAUUUCAGAGGUAUUUCCGGAGCCGAUGGAAGAGGUUCAGGAACCAAAGAAAUUCGAAAAGAAAGGAAGAGGAAGAAAAUCCGCUUCUGAAGUAAAAGAAACUGAAGAACAGACACUGGAUUUAAAUAUUCCAGACCCGGAACCAAUAGUAGAGGUGCAAGAUAUGAAGCCUAAAUCUGAAAGGAGAGGAAGAGGAAAGAAAUCUACGUCUGAAGUUAAGGAAUCUACUGAAACACUGAAUUUGCCAAUUACAGUGUUGACACCGGCAUCAGAGCUAAUGGAAAAGGUUCAGGAAGAAAAGCUGAAAUGUGAAAAGCGAGGAAGGAGAAAAAAAUCCAUUUCUGAUGUUAAGGAAACUAAAGAGACACCAAAUUUUCCAAUUCCAGAAGCGAUAACAGAAAUGGUAUCAGAUCUAAUGGAGGAGGUUCAAGAAGAACAGCUGAAGAAAGACAGGAGAGGAAGGGCAAAUAAAUCUAUAUCUGAAGUUAAGGAAACUAAAGAAAUACCGGAUAUGCCAACUCCAGAGAUUAUUACAGAAAUGGCAUCAAAGUCAAUGGAAGAGAUUCAGGAAGAAAAGCCGAAAUCAGAAAGGAGAGGAAGGGGAAAGAAAUCUAUAUACGAAGUUAGGGAAACUAAACAGAUACCGAAUUUUCCAAUUCCACAAGUGAUUGCAGAAAUGGUAUCAGAGCCAAUGGAAGAGGUUCAGAAAGAAAAGCCGAAAUCAGAAAGGAGAGGAAGGGGAAAGAAAUCGAUAUCUGAAGUUAAGGAAACUAAAGAGACACCGGAUUUGCCUAUUCCUGAAGUGAUAGCAGAAAUGGUAUUAGAGCCCAUGGAAGAGGUUCAGGAAGAAAAGCCGAUAUUAGAAAGGAGAGGAAGGGGGAUGAAAUCUAUUUCUGAAGUUAAAGAAACUAAAGAGAUACCGAAUUUUCCAAUUCCAGAAGUGAUUGCAGAAAUGGUACCAGAGCCAAUGGAAGAGGUUCAGGAAGAAAAUCCGAAUUCAGAAAGGAGAGGAAGGGGAAAGAAAUCUAUGCCAGAAUUUAAGGAAACUCAAGAGACACCGAAUUUGCCAAUUCCAGAAACCAUAGCAAAAAUGGUAUCAGAGCCCAUGGAAAAGGUUCAGAAAGAAAAGCCACUAUCAGAAAGGAAAGGAAAGGGAGAGAAAUCUACAUCUGAUUUUAAGGAAGCUAAAGAGACAUCAGAUUUUUCAAUUCCAGAAGCGAUAACAGAAAUAGUAUCGGAACCAAUGGAAGAUGUUCAUGAAGAAAAUCCAAUAUCAGAAAGGAGAGGACGGGGAAAAAAAUCUACGUCUGCAGUUAAGGAAACUAAAGAGACACCGAAUUUUCCAAUUCCAGAAUCAAAUGCAGAAAUAGUAUCAGAGCCAAUAGAAGCGGUUCAAGAAGAAAAGCUGAAAUCAGAAAGGAGAGGACGGGGAAAGAAAUCGAUAUCUGAAGUUAUGGAAACUAAAGAGACUCCGGAUUUUCCUAUUCCUGGAGUGAUAUCAGAAAUGGUAUCAGAGUCAAUAGAAGAGGUUCCGGCAGAAAAGCCGAUAUCAGAAAGAAGAGCAAAGGGAAAGAAAUAUAUGUCUGAAAUUAAGGAACCUAAAGAGACGCCGAAUUUACCAAUUCCAGAAGCGAUCACAGAAAUUGUAUCAGAGACAAUGGAAGAGGUUGAAGAAGAAAAACCGAAAUCAGAAAGGAGAGGAAGGGGGAAGAAAUCUAUGUCUGAAGUUAAGGAACCUAAAGAGAUAUCGAAUUUACCAAGUCCAGAAGCGGUCACAGAAAUUGUAUUUGAUACAAUGGAAGCGGUUCAAGAAGAAAAACCGAAAUCAGAAAGAAGGGGAAGAGGAAAGAAAUCUAUAUCUGAACUUAGGGGAACUAAAGAGACACCAGAUAUGCCAAUCCAAGAAGCGAUAGCAGAAAUGGAAUCAGAGUCAAUGAAUGAGGUUCAGGAAAAAAAACCGAAAUCAGAAAGAAGAGUAAGGGGAAAGAAAUCUACCUUUGAAUUGAAGGAACCAACACCGGAUUUGCAAAUUUCAGCACCGUUACCAGAGGUUGCAAGUGAACAGCCAUCAAUGGAAAAUGUACAUCAUUCGAAGAAAUCAGAAAAACGAAAUAGGGGAAAGAAGUCGAUGACUGAUGUUAAGGAUGCUAGAGAGAUUCCGGGUUUGCGAAUUCCAGAAGCCAUAGCAGAAAUUGUAUCAGAGCCAAUAGAAACGGCUCAAGAAGAAAAACCGAAAUCAGAAAAGAGAGGACGUGGAAAGAAAUUCACGUCUGAUUUAAAGGGAACUAAAGAGACAUUGAAUUUUUCAAUUCCAGAAGCCAUAGCAGAAAUAGUAUCAGAGUCAAUGGAAGAUGCUCAUGAAGAAAAUCCGAUAUCAGAAAGGAGGGGAAAGGGCAAGAAAUCUACUUCUGAAGUUAAAGAAAUGAAAGAGACACCGAAUUUGCCAAUUCCAGAAGUGAUUGCAGAGAUGGUACCAGAGCCAACGGAAGAGGUUCAGGAAGAAAAGCCGAAAUCAGAAAGGAGAGGUAGGGGAAAAAAAUCGGUAUCCGAAGUUAAGGAAACUAAAGAGACACCGGAUUUGCCUAUUCCUGAAGUGAUGGCAGAAAUGGUAUCAGAGCCAAUGGAAGAGGUUCGGGAAGAAAAGCCGAAAUCAGAAAGGAGAGGAAGGAGAAAGAAAUCGAUAUCCGAAGUUAAGGAAACUAAAGAGAUAUCGGAUUUGCCUAUUCCUGAAGUGAUAGCAGAAAUGGUAUCAGAGCCCAUGGAAGAGGUUCAAGAAGAAAAAUCGAUAUCAGAAGGGAGAGGAAAGGGAAAUAAAUCUAUGUCUGAAGUUAAAGAUAGUAAAGAGACACAGAAUUUGCCAAUUCCAGAAGCGACAGCAGAAAGAGUAUCAGAGCCAAUUGAAGCGGUUAUGGAGGAAAAGCCGAAAUCAGAAAGAAGAGGAAGGGGAAAGACAUCUGUGCCUGAAGUUAAGGAAACUAAAGAGGUACUUGAUUUGCCAAUUCCACAAGCGAUGGUAAAAAUGUUAUCAGAGCCAAUGGAAGAGGUUCAGGAAGAAAAGUCGACAUCAGAAAGAAGAGGAAGGGGUAAGAAAUCUAUCCCUGAAGUGAAGGAACAAACACCGGAUUUGCAAAUUCCAGCACCGACACCAGAUGCUGCAAGUGAACGACCAGCAAUGGAGGAGGUACAAGAGCCAAAGAAAUCGGACAAACGAGGUAGGGGAAAGAAAUCUGUACUUGAAGUCAAGGAACAGCCGCCGGAUUUACAGGUUCCAGAGUCGAUACCGAAAAAUUUGCUAGAACCAGUAGUGGAUGUUGUCGAACCCAAGAAUCCUGAAAAGAGAGCAAGAAGGGACAAAUUUACCUCUGAUAUAAUCCAAGAACCGGCGCCCGAUAUACAUAUUAUAGAGCCGAUGCCAGAAGUGGUGAGUGAAAUACAAGAACCAAUAGAGGAAGUUCCGGAACCAAAAAAAUCUGAAAAGAGAGGAAGAGGAAAGAAAUCUACAUCUGGUGUUUCUAAGGAAAAGACACCCGACCUUCAGAUACCAGAACCGAUUCCAGAAGUUGCGACUAGAUUCCAAGAACCGCUAAAAGAAGGUGAGGAACCCAAGAAAUCUGAAAAGAGAGGAAGGGGAAAGAAAUCUUCUACUGAAGUAGUCCAAGAGCCAACAUCAGAUCUGCACAUUCCAGAAGCGAUUCCAGAAGUUCAGUGUCACAUCCGAGAAACAAUGGAGGAACUUCAGGAACCCAAAAGACCUGAAAAGAGAGGUAGAUGGAAGAAAUCUAUCUCUGAAGUUUCCAAGGAACAGCCAACCGUCCUUCAGAUUCCGCAGCCGAUUCCAGAAAUUGCGAGUGGAUUCCAAGAACCAAUGCAAGAAGUUCAAGAAAGCAAACGACCUGAAAAAAGAGGAAGGGGAAAGAAAUCCACUAUUGAAGUAGUCAAAGAGCCAGCACCAGAUCUACAAAUUUCAGAACCGAUACCAGAAGUUCAAAGUGAAAUCCAAGAACCAUUUGAGGAACUUCCAGAACCCAAAAGACCUGAAAAGAGAGGUAGAGGAAAGAAAUCUACUUCUGAACAUUUCAAAGAACAGAAACCCGAUCUUCAGAUUCCAGAACCGAUUUCUGAAGUUAUGAGUGGAGAUCCAGAACCAAUAGAAGAGGUUCACGAAGCCAGGAAGCCGGAGAAGAGAGGCAGGGGAAGAAAGUCAAUGGCUGAAACCGCGAAGGAACAAACUUCGAAAGAACAGGAAUUUCUUAGUGGAGAAAGUGAACCGAUCCCUUUAGAAAGUAAAUUGUUAGAGUCAUUAGAAGAUAUUCAAGAAUUCAAAAAACAAGGAAGGGGAAGGAAAACUACUCCCGAAUUUAUCAAAGAACCGGUAGAGGGUACAGAAAUACAAAUUGCAAUUCAAGAGCCGAGGGAAGUGUUUCAAGAACACCAUGUUAAGCCAGAGAAGAAAAGAAGAGGAAAGAAGUUCACAGAUGAAGUUACGAAAGAGAUUGUUAUGGAAAAAGCAGAACAGAUUGAAGUGUCAUCCAUUCCUCUUCCACUGACAGAACCAAUGGAGGUAGUUUAUGAACCCAAAAUUAAGCCAGAAAAAAAAGGAAGGGGAAGAAAAUCGACGCUUGAAAUUGCGAAGGAACAAUUUCUUACAGAAGAAGCACAAUUAAUUGAAUUGGCAUCUAUUCCUCUUCCAUUGUCAGAACCUAUAGGAAUAGUUCAUGAACCUAAAUUUAAAGCAGAGAAGAAAGGAAGAGGGAAAAAAUUAAUGAUCGAAGCUACGAAAGAAAUUAUUAUGGAAGAUGCAGAACAAGUUGAAUUGGCAUCUAUUCCUCUUCCCCCCUCAGAGCCAAUGGAAGGUUUUCACCAUAUACCGAAAAGCAAAUCGGGAAAGAGAGGGAGAAGCAGGAAGUCAAUGACCGAAGUUCUGAAGGAUGAGACACUAGAUCAAUUGCCAGAAAAGUUUUUGGAAAAUGUACCAGAAUCUGUAAUUAAAAGUGAAAACGAAGCGAGACAAGAGUUUGAAUCGAGGCCUAAAGAAACGAAAAGUGUCGGACGUCCAAGGAAAAAAUCUGCUGAAGUUAGGGAGCAAGAAAAUAAGAGCGAAUUACAGGAACCAAUUGAACCAGAGUUUCAAAGUGAAAUCCCUCACAGAAAACCCCGAAGGAGAAUGAAGUCUUCUUCUUCAAUUUCGGAUUUUUCCACUGAUGUGAAGGUUUCUGAAGAGGAGAUCGUUCAAGUUGAAAGUGACCUAAAAGAACCAAUGCAUUUGGAACCAGUUCCAGAGCCGAAAAAACGAGGUAGAAGGAAGAAGUCUGUUGCAGAAGUAGCUCAAUCAAUGCUUGAAGAGAGUCAAAUGGAACACGAGAUUGAGAUUCCAGAACCGAAACCUAAAGGCAAACCUGGCAGGAAGAAGAAGAUUAUUGAAAUAAAAGAAGAAAUUGAAAUUCCAAAGAUAGAAAAUAAAAUUCAAGAAGCUAAACCCGAAAAAAAGAAAUCUGGAAGGAGGAGGAAGUCUGAACUUAAGGAAGAAUUUCCAGAAGUUGUAAUUCCAGAAAUUCUGCCCGAAGUUCCGAUAUCUGAAGUUCAACCAGAAAUGUCAGUGUCUGUGGUUCAACAAGAAGUUUCAGUACCAGUUAUACCUGAAGUUGAAAUAUCACAACUGCAGAGAGAUUUGGAAGAACCUGAGUUGGAAGUGGAACAAACUGCGGAAGAAACAGUUCCCAUGGAAAUCGAGAAUGAUAUGAACCUUCCAUUAACACAAACUCUCGAAAUGGGAGAGACUCUUGAGGCAGAAAUAGUUGAGACAACGGAAAUUGUGGAAUCAAGAGAAGUCGUGGAAUCAGCUGAGGUGGAUCAAUCAAAUGAAGCUUUUGGAUCAGCUGAAGUUGGCGAAUCAUCUGAAUUUGUUGAAUCGUCUGAACCUGUUGAAUCGACUGAAGUUGUUGAAUCGUCCGAAGUUGUUGAGUCAACUGAAGUUGCUAAAUCAAUUGAAGUUGCUGAAUCAACUGAAAACGUGCAGUCAAGCGAAGUUCUUGAAUUAAGCGAAGUUGUUGUAUCAAGCGAAGUUGUUGAAUCGACUGAAAUUGUUAAAUCAACUGAAGUCGUGGAAUCCUCAGAAGUAGAAACAACCAUUUCUGCGGAAAGUAUUGAAACUAUUCAACCAGCAAUGAUCGCAACGACCGAGGCUCAACCCUUACUUGAAAUACCAGAACCAAAACCCGAAGUUUCUACCCGAAAUGAGAACCUCAAGACUGAAAUUAGCGCUCCAAAAGAGCCUCUUGAGAAAUCCUCAUUCAACGCGAUUCUCAACAAUGCCGAAAGCCCCCGGUACAAUAUGGACAUCGACAUGCUUCCUCCGAAAAAGUCUCAGAUUAAAAAGUUUGAACUUUCGCAAAUGGAGUAUCUCGAAAACGAAAUAUCGAACAACAAAAAGCUAGCCGAGAUGGAGAAUGUGAGAAAACUGGACGAAAUCGGAAACAUGGAACUUCAGAUAAGAUUGCAGGGCAGUUCGGAAGUUUCCAAACCUCUGGUAGAAGUCCUUUCAGGAGAAGCAGUAUCUGAACCGAAAGAAUUGAAGGUCUUUGAUUCUCAGCAAGAUCAGAUUUCAGCUGCAGUCGUUGUGGAAUCGAUGCCUCAGGAAAUCAACCAGCUUUCUGAAAUGACAACUGAGAAAGGAUUUUCUACGAUGGACCGCAAACGUAUUGAUGACGAGGCGGAAAAGAUGGAAGAGCAGUAUUCGAUGAUCGAGAGGAAAUUAGAGGAAAUGGAGUCCGUUUCUCCAAAAACUGUUAAAGAAGAAACUGCAGUGAAUAAAUCUCCGAUGCAGACACGUUACAAGGGGAAAUUUACUCCUGAAACUGGAUCCAGAACCAAGAAAGAAAAAGAUCUGUUUGGGGUCAAUGCUUCAUUCCAGGACGUUUUUAUAAAAACGCUUCAGAUAGAAAAGGACAAGAAAUCCUCGGACGACGAGGACGCUCCACAUAGCAAAAAGAAGCAACGAAAAAUUUCAAAGAAAAGGAGUGAUAUAAACAGUGUGAGUCCUUCUCCGUAUGUUUCUAAUUUCCAAGGGCAAGAGAACAUUUCUGGUGUCGCGAUGGAGAACUUCCAAGGCGUUGAAGUUGUCGUCGGGCAAAAUCUAGAGAUGGAAUCAAAACCAGAAGAAUCUGUUAAUCAGUUUCUACGCCUCGAGGAUAAAAUCACGAAUGACAGUGAAAAUUCGAUGAAUCUUGAGUUUAAAUACGAAGAGGCUUCACCAUCUUCACCAGCAUCAGAUAUUGCAGUGCCGGUCAAGAAAAGAGAAAAGCCUAGGAUCAUCGAAAACGUUGCCUUGAAAGAACCAAUGAUUCUGAAAUCAAAAUUGCUCGAGAAACUGCCAUCAAAGGCAGGCGUGAAACGUAAAUUGGAAGCUGAGAGUCCGAACAAAGAGGGUCCAAAAGCAGCAAAGGUCAUAAAGCUCGAACCAGGUAAAACAAAGAAUCUAUCCAUGGCUCAGAAGAUUCAAGCUUUAAAAAACGAGGAAGAGGAAAUGACGACAGUAAUCGAUACUGAAAAGAAUCUUUCUCAAAUGUCUUCUCUAAGCCCCCAAAUAACAGCUAUUUCGAUUUCGGAGAAGUGCAUACAACAGAGUUCAUCGAGUCUCGAAGAUAUGGAACUAGACAUUAACAACAUGCCGUUUGUUCUUAGUGAAGAUGUCCUCACACCCGAGAGCAUCGAGAACAUGCCCGUUGUUAUUUCCGGUAUGAUGUCUACUGAAAUUAAGACCCCAGUUGCUCAAGUAAGUGUCUUAUUAACACCAGAAGUCAGUAGCUUCCCUGCUCCGCAGAUAACAGCCAUUUCCACGGAACAAGCAACGACUUCCAUUCAACCAACAGCAUCCAACGACUCCGAUGUGACACUCCUGAAAAGGAAAGCUGGGACUCCUGCUAUUUUGAAGAACAAGGCUAAAGGAAAACCGACGAUUACAAGCAUCAAGACGAUAUGCCCUCCCCUCACGGGAGGCGUCAGGAGUCUCAAGUUCCAGAAUGCCCAAACAGGAAAGGCCACAAGCUAUAUGUCACCGAAAGGAACACCAGGAAAGUACGUGAUCGUUCAUAGUGCUGGUGGACAACAAGUUCGGUGUCAAACGAAACCCGGUACUCCACAGAGAAUCGCUCUACCUACAAGCAAAAGCCCAGAAAGUGUUCAGAUCGUCCAGCAAGAUCGGAAGCUCAUGAUUCUCUCUUCGCAGGCAGUUCAACCGAAAAUCCUACCACUAAAUAUUGCAAAAUCAAGCCAGAAGGUUCAGAGACUCAUGACAAGCAAAGGACACGUGAUUUCUUCCAUUAGUCCAGUGAACUACACUUCCAAGACUGUGAUUGCUCCAAAAGCUGAUGCAAACUCACCAACGACAUCGAAGAUGUCACCUGGUCAAAAGAUGCUCAGUCCCCAAGGGUUAAUUUCCCACAAGGGUGUUCUGACUCCCAUCGCAGGGACGAUUAACAAAGCUGGUGUCAUUGGCACUCUCUCGCCUACGAUUCUAACCAAGGGUGGAAUUUACACCACCAUCAGCAGUUCCUCAAUUCCAGGGAGGCCGAUUCUUGCUAAGACUGUAGUCACCAAGGGAAGUACUCUUCUCUCCCCGAACCUAGGGUCGAAGAAUAUUCUCACCACGGUUCCACAGACGAUUGUCAGUUCGAAAGGUACUGUUUUGACUCCGAUAACCGGACAGCAAGUUAAGGCACUGGCUAGCAAAGCUCCACCGAAAGGUACUAAGCUCCAUUACCAAAAAAUUCAGCAGAAAGUGCCCAUGUCUGUGAUCCAGAAGAGCCAACAAAAAGGAAGCCCCUUGAAAAUUGCUGGCAGUACGAUUGUCUACCAAUCUGAUCAAAGAUCCUCGCCUCAAGCUAAAAAGGGCUUAAGGCAAAUCGUUCAAGGCUCGCCAUCUUUGAUCUCUUCUGUGGGUGAACCCCUUCAGACGAGUGUUCUCUCCCCCGCCCACCAAAGAGGAAAAUUGGUCACCUCAAGUUCUCUCCAAAAAGUCAAUCUUCCCAAAACUUCCGGUCGACAGAAAGCUUCAAAGUUGUACCAAAGAGCUGACUCUCUAAUUAGCCAUAGUGCUCAAAAUUCUGCAGUACCUCGUCUAUCAUUUUCCAAAACACCAGUUACUAAGUCUCCACAAAGACAGAGUCUCUCUCCCAGGAAAGCGAAAUCUCAAAGAAAUAUUCUCAGCGCUGCUUUAAACUCGAUUGCAACAACAUCACCCAUGAGUUCCACCAGUUAUUCAGUCCCACUGACUCUUCCACCCUUGGAGCCAAUCAGCGCCAAGAAAUCAAAGGUAGAAGAAGUACCAGAACUAUGUCUAAGAAACCAAGAACCUCAGGCUGAACCCACGGAAAUAAAAAAUCAAGUCCCAGAAGCGAAAAUAACAACACAACCUCAGAUAAUCGCAGUUCCUAUUGAAGAUAGUGAUGGAACGCAGUCUUUUAUGCUUGUGACGACUGACGAACAAGGUCAGAUUCAAUCUUUAGACAACAACACUCUUAUGUCCUUGGAAGGAACUCUCGAUAAUAUCGUCCUUCAAUACGAUAACGGAACCGUUUCGAGUUUGCAGACCGCUGGAGACGAAUCUAGUGAAUCUUCCAUAAUGGAAAGUUUCCCAUCUUCUGAGAUUGUUCAGACAUCCAGUCAAGAUAUCCUAGCAGCUGCCUUGGCAAAUACAGAUUUCCAACAAGAAAUCGGACUACCGGAAGUUUCGACUUCCAGUGUCAUGAGCUCAUUAACCCAGACAAGUUUGAUAAACCAGACGAUCCUCCAGUCGACCAUCAUUCCACCAACAGAACCCAUUUCCUCUCCUUCAGUACUUGAGACAUCACUCACUUUGAACCAACCGAUCAUGACACCUAUGGAAGUACCAACUAGUUUAUCCAUUCAGUCAGAAUCAACUACUUCUGCAGUUUCAACGACGAUACCAACUUCCUUGGAACUACCGAUCACGAUAACGAAUCCGAGUCUUUCUUUUAUGAGUGGCGAGGCGCAAAUCCAGAUUCCAGGAAAUUCGAUGCCGGAUAUUGGAGAAAUGAUGGAGGCUGCAACGACUGAGAUGACACAAACAGCAGAACCAGUGACUCAAUAUUUAGUUAUUCCGAGUAUGGAAGAAGGCAUGGCGAUUGAAAGCCAGGAUGAUAAAAAUAUGCCGAGGGUUUCUUAUUCUGUCUCAAUACCCGAGAAUAUGAUUUUGGAAAGCUCGCCGGUCCAAACGACUCCAUCGAUGCCAAUCAUUGAUGAUUCUAACGUAGAAGAUGUUCAGUACAAUGCCUCUGUCGAAACAACAGUAGCAAGCGAUCAAAGUUUUGCUGACGUUCCGGUUUCGGAAAUGCUUGUUUCGAAGGCUUCUGCUGUUUCGGAGAACGUGGUGGCUCAAGAUGUCAUCGUUUCUUCGGAGAUGAUAAUCACCUCGCACGAAAAUGAGAUUCCAAUAUCGCAGAACGAAAUUUUGAUCUCACAGGAAAGUGAGAUUCCAAUUUCCCAGGAAAGUGAGAUUCCGAUCUCACAGGAAAGGGAGAUUCCGAUCUCACAGGAAAGUGAGAUUCCGAUCUCUCAGGAAAAUGAGACCCCGAUAUCUGAAGAAAGUGAAAUUCCAAUCGAUCAGGAAAAUGAGAUUCAGUUUUCAGAUGAAAGCGAGGUUCCAGUUUCUCAGGUGAGUGGGAUUUCAACCUGUCAUGAAAGAGAGAUUCGCGUCUCAGAUGAAAGUGAAAUUGAGAUCUCUCUGGAAAAUGAGGUGCACGUAUCGCAGGAAAGUGAGAUUAUGGUUUCUCAGGAGAAUAUUAUUUUAGCUGAGGAAUCGUUGAGGACGAAUCUCCAGGAAGAUUCUUUGAUUUCGGAAGAGGUUUAUUCUUCACAGGAAGUUCCCGUUUCUGAAGAACAGGUUUUGUCACAAGUAAUCGUCGAAGAACCGGAAGAGACUUGUGUCGUGACUUCUGAAUCCAACUUGGAAGUUCAGUCGACGGAAAAUUGUUCGUAUGAUAUAACGGAAUCAGAAGAAGUUCAGAUAGGCGGAUCGGAAGUUGAUGUUGAAGAGUCUCGCGUUCAGAUCGAAGUCGAAGCUUCCCAUGUUGAGAUUGAGACUUCUCAGGUUCAGAUUGAAACUCAAGAAGAAAUUGAAACUUCUCAGGUUCAGACUGAAACUCAGGAAGAAAUUGAAACUUCUCAGGUUCAGGUUGAAACUCAGGAAGAAAUUGAAAUUUCCCAGGUUCAGAUUGAAACUCAGGAAGAUAUUGAAACUUCUCCGGUUCAGAUUGAAACUCAGGAAGAAAUUGAAACUUGUCCGGUGAUUGAAGCUUCUCAAGAAAUUGAAGCUUCUCAGGAAACUGAAGCAUCUCAGGUUCAGAUUCAAAUUUAUGAUCAAGUAGAUACAUCCGACGAAGCAGAAGCUGCUGUUGAUAGCCAGCCGAUUAAAAGGAUUAGAAUUGAGGACUCACAAGCUGAAGAGAAACCAGCUACUUCAAAUGCAGAGUUUAAAGAUUCGGAAGUUUUUCCAUCGGCGUCUGUAGAAGAAGAAGAUGACAAUAUGGAGAUUGAUGAAGUACAGACGGAUCAUUACAAUUUGGAAAGUUCGAGCAUCUCCCAAGUAGAUGAAUUGUCUUCUCAGGUGGAAGACCAGAUUAUGGGAGAUCAUUCGAGAAUUAACUUUGAGGACACUGUUACCGAGACUAGUCAAGAAGCGCCAUCACAGUCCUAUGGACAGUUUGAUAACACGGAAGUGCCUAGUCAAUCUGCCAAAUCCGAAAAUUCGAGGGAACCUUCGCAGUCCAUGGGGUAUGAACCUAUGGAAACGGAUGAGAUUGUCAUCUCAGGUGAGCCCCCUACGCAGUCCUUCGAGGAUUCGAAAACGAGUGAACCGACGCAAUCCUACGAAGCAUCCGACAUCAACACUGACGCUCCAACGCAGUCCUUCAAUGAAAUAGGUCAGUGCCAAAGCGAUCGGAUUUCCGACGUCGAUCCUGCCGAUGACCAAAGUUUCCCCACGCAGAGCUACGAGGUCGAAAAAAUGGACAGUCUCUCUGAGAACCUCGAAACCGAUCCUGAAAUCAGUCAAGAAGGAAACAUCCCUUCACAGUCAAACGAUAUCGGAACCGACGGAAUCGGAACUUCCUUCGUAUCAACGAACAACUCUAACUUGAACGAAGACGAGACUGCGAGUUCUUCCUACGUCCCCGAAACCCCCGAAACUCAGGAACGGGACCAAGACCAAGAAAGUGCCAUUAGCACCUCCUCCUACGAAAUCCCACCGUGCGAGGAACUGAACAUCGCCUCUUCCUCGAUACCAGAUACUUCCGAGCACUCAAGCAUCCACGACAACGGCAUUUUGGAAAUUCCAACUUCCUCUUACAACUUAAACCCGGACAGUAGCUCAACCCACGUAGAUGCUGUGCCGACCUCCAGCUACGAGGACCAAAUCAUCCUCGAGCAAAAUGUCUCCACUUCUUACGAAGUUCCUAUCUCCAUGCCUCGUCUCGAUGAAACCUCUUCGCAGAAUUUCGUAACCGAGAGCUCUGAUCGGAGAAACGAACCCACGAGUUACUUCCGAGAGGCUGCAGCCAGUUACUAUGGAUCCAUUCACCAGGAUCCGAACUCCAGACUAGUCGAGGAUCCUCAGGAGGAAGUCACCCCGAGUUAUUACGAGACUAACCCUCAGGAUAUCACUUCCGAGGCGAGUCAAAGUUACUUUGCUCCAGAGGAAGCGACGCCCAGUUAUACGAGUCCAAGUUACUAUGAUCCUCCGCCAGAGGGAGAGGCUAGCCAGAGUUAUUACUCUUCUCAGGAUCCGGAGAGAACUGGACACUCCUCGCAAAAUAUGGAGGCUUCGCAAAGCUUCUACCAGGAGGACGAGCUGAGACUGAGGCAGAGAGGAGAGGCUACACCCACCUAUUCAGAUAGGUACCCUAUUGAAUAUUCAUCCACGGACUCGCCAUUGGAGAGGCACGACUUAGUUGAAAGCUCCGUUCCCGCGACGAGACCCACGGAAAGAUAAUACGACUUUUCAUAAGUCGACGAUGUGUCUACGACCGAGAUGUUUUUAUAUACGGACUUCCUCAGUGGUAGCCAUUAGAUUCGGGUCUAUUAAAGUGUAAAUAGUACAUUAAGCUUUCAAGUGGUAGUUUUAAGGGCAGUGUUAGGUCUUAUUAUUAUUAUUAUUAUUAUUAUUAUAAUUAUAAUUUAUGGUUAUAUUCAUACAUUAAGGUGUGAAUGUAUUGGUUUCUGACACGGAUAUAAUCCGACACUUGGCUCUUUGCAAAUAUUUCAACUUUUUUCUAUAGCCAGGCAGUAUAUCCGAUCCGAAAGUAUUUUCAUUUAAAAAUGUGAAAAUGGGUGCACUUCGAACCUCAAACUUUAAGCACUUCUAGUUUUGCAAUUACAUUCGAUUUUAUCAUUCUGUGCCUUAUUAUUUUAUAACUCCAUCUUCGGAUUUUAAAAAAAUGUUAUUUUCCGAUAGAUAUAUUUAUAUAUAUUUUAUUUUAUUUUUAUAAAAAUUAAGGCGGAAUUCAUGAAGUGAUAUAACCUCAAUUUUUAAGUACCAUCUUAGGCGAGGGGUCGACAUUAUACAUCAGGAGAGAAGAGGUAUUCCCCUCUCCUUUUUCUCAUUCAGUGCUCGUCUCUGGAUUGGCCGAGUAGAACGUGCCUAUUUUUUUCAAAUGAUGCAAAGCACUAAUACACACACGACGAAAUUCAAUGACCAAUCACUGAGCGUCCUCCAACAAAGUGGAAAUAUCGCAUGCGCUGUGUGUCGCUGUGUGAUCCUUACUUAUUUUUUGUCAGACUCCGCAUACUGGUACUCCCUCCGUAUAAUUUAUAAGUCCAUGUAAAAAAGUAAUAUUCUUAUAAAAAAUGUUCGGGUUUAAAAGUUCUAACUCGAUUGAAAAUAUUUCAAAGAGAGAAUCUUUGUUUUUUAGACAUGGCACUUUUUCCACUUUGUGAGACUUGCCAUUUCAUUUCUUUAGAAAUUGUUAUCUCUCUACAGACAAGUUGCAUUCAAAGUCCCCUACAUUCUGAAAAUUAAGAUGCUUUGACGUUGAAAAUACUGCGGAUCUGAUGGUAAUUUAAACCUAUUAACCUAAACCUGAGGUCAGAUUAAAUGAUUUCUGCUUUUAAAAAGGCAUACAGAUCGAAGAGUUCUAAUAAAAGUUGAAAUUUUUGCAACAGUUCUCAAGUAUCGCUUUUCAACGAUUGGAGAAAUGUGGGUUUGUUGUGGUACGUAAUGUUAUAUUGUUUCAUUGCUUCGAGAUACAAUGUUGACUUCAGUCUGUCGCCUUAAAGCUUGAGAAUUUCGAAAUUGAAUAUAGUCGGCAGAUAGAUUUGUAUCUCCUUGGAAUUAUGCGUCUUGCGCUAUUUACGUUGUAUAGAAGUAACGUUGUCGUUAUGUCAAAGAACUGGUGCGAGUUCCAAGAAGUACAGCAAGCAAAAUUGAAACUAAUUAUAACAAUAGAGGCGAUAUUUUUACGUGCGCUCUUUACACUGGUCACUAUUAAGAACUGAAUAUUACUGCUACUCUCAUUGUCUGAUUUUCUGUUCCAUAACAAACGUGCAUAGAUAGUCAAGAGAGCGGCACAAUUUUCAGUUUUUUUUAUAUUUUUACGCGGCUCGCAGAGCAAAAUGAAUGGCGGGCUGUCUAAAGACUUGAAUUUAAAUUUAAAUUUUAGGAAAAAGAAAUUUCAACUGAUUAAAGUUUAAACUGAAGAGAAUUUAAAUGAAAUUCAAAUUCGCUGCUUCUCAUUCCGCUCGGCAAUAUUUGAGUUUUGAAAAGUGGUUCAAGAGCGGAAGGGGAAUUUGAUAGUUAAGAAUUAAUGUUUACUUUGUAGGAAUAUAGUAUAAAUCACUAUGAACAUAAAAAGCCUAUUAUUUCAACUAUACCACUGUAAUCUGUGUGUUACAAAAUAAUUGUAAGUGGAAAGAAAUAUCAAGAUUUUCGUGGAAAAUGCUUUUUGCUUGCUCCGUCGAAAGUUGUACAUAAAGGAUGUACUCAUGCUGGAAUGUUGCGGUUGUAGAAUUAAAAGUAAUGAGAAUUAGAAAAUAGGAUUCGAAGAGCGAGGUUCAGGUACGCGCUACCUAACUAUAUUUAUAUUUUAUAAUAAUGAUGUUAAUGAGUGAAAGUAAAUAAGGGAAAAAAUGAGCACCAAAAAGCAUUGCUAAAUAUCCUUUCGCGUUAACGCUGACUGUAAUAUUGUAUUUCUAAUUCUAAAAAAAGGAAAGAUUGUCAUUUUUCAUCCGCUAACCAUGACAUCCUGUAUUCUUUCUUCAUGUAAGAAUAUGUAAAUUAUACGCAAGUUUUUACAUGGUCUCAACGAUUCAAGCAACUUGCAUUUUCUAAGGGAUCCUGAUGAUAAUUAUAUUCUUUAUAGUCUCACGUUAUUCAAAAUGCAUAUGUUUUUAUUUCUCGUGGCAAAUUUAAACACAGUCACGUGUGUACAUAUUACCUAUGUUGAUACCAGGAUUAAUAAAGAAUUAUAAAUCAGAUCUGUAGGUCUUGAUGAUUGAAGUGUCGAUACCCGCUAAAUCUAAAAAUGAUAAUUGUUGCGUUUUUUGUAAUUAGGGUAUAUAAUUAUUUUAAUUACAACCGAGAAUUUAGUUUCGAAUUUGAAUGAUUUUGUUUUCUUUUUUUGUUUAAAUUAGUUCGAUUUUAAUAAACUCUGUUCAUUUUAAA